AUGAUUGUUAUUGGUGUAGACUCAGAAUUUACUAAGAGUUUACAAAAACAGAAGAAGAUUAUGACUGUCAUUAUCAAAGAGGACUAAUAGGAAGUAAACUUGAAAUAGCAUUGUUAAAACUUAGAUUUAUCAAAGAUCUGA